CCGGGGGCAGCUUAUGCCAUCAUCCUAUCGACCGCGAUCGCACUUCAUGGAGCCUGUGAGCUCACAUCUACAUCCAAACACCUGCAAUGCCGUCGGAACAAGGCAGGAAGAAGUCCUUGAGACUUGACCUGACGCAGGCCACCGCGCUGGAGGCUCCUCCUAGUAUCGCGGCCUUGUUCCUGAUCCGUUUCGAUAUCAAGACGGGAUAUGUGAUCUCUUGGAAACGAUCCUUACCUGAUGUUGAACUAGAAGGCGUCGUCGAAUACAGGUCGCUCCCAUCCGGUCUCCACAACGUCACUGAGGAUUUGGUGUAUUUCAUACACGACAAAUAUGCCGGUGUCAGCGCCUUCGUGAAUAAGCCCGCCGCGGAAGCCGAACGCAAUGCGCUGAUGUUUGCUGUUGGCGUUCUGGUGCCUUUAAGCAAUGGUCGACUGGGGAAGAGCUGGAGGCAUGCAGCAGGCUUGAAGGAACUUGCACAGAAACUUGACAAUGAGACCUGGGAUCCGCAACCUCUUCUGGAAUAUUGGGAAAACCAUCAGGUUGGUGGGAGUGAUUCUCCUACCCUAGUUGAGACAUCGCUGGAGUCGCCUACGACCCUCAAACCCAGAACGAGACCGGACGCUUCAGAGACGCAGCGAUGGAGUCGCGCUCUUAGCGAUACAGUAACAUACGAAGCAUCCAGAACGGCACUGACACCUUUCCAUCCUGCCGCAUCCCUUCCAGAAUUUAUACGAUUUUUUGGUCCUCUGGUGUUCCCAUUGUAUAGAGCUGCCUUGCUGCGCAAGCGGAUUCUUUUCGUAACCGAGGCGCCAGUCCAUAUACCUUGUAAUUAUGUGUACGAUCUUUCUUUGCUGUCUUCCUUGCCUCAGUCGCUACUUCCACUACUUCCUUCCGAAGGGUUGCCGCCCCUUCGCCCUCGGCCCCUUUUCAACAUCGGCGUACACGAUAUACCCUACCUCUCGUCGCUGAAACCCGCAACAGGCUCUGGAGAGCAUCAUAGCUGGAUAGCAUGCACAACAGAUAAUGUGUUGACCAUGAAGUCUGAACUUCACGAUGUUCUUGUUACGUUUCCGCCACCAUACUCCAAGGACGCCGCGCAGAAAGUCUACCCGAAAAUAAGUAUCAAAGACGCCAAUUCUGUUAAUCAGAAAUCUCCUCAACAGAUCACGAUAAAGGCAACACAGAGGGAUGUUCGUCGUUAUUUGAAUCUGCGUGACGGCCUCCGCCAUCUUGACCGCGAGGCUGUCUCUCAGAGCCCCAACGCAGAUGAUGACUCGGACGCUUCAUCUACAUUCUCGUCUAGCUCUAUCGUCGAGCCACUCUCGUGGCCACGUCUGGCUUACACAUCGUUCAUAUGGUGGGCAUCCGCUGGUGAAAAGCGUGAAGGCCUGACGGAAGAGGAAGAAGAACAAGUGGAACAAGAUACCAGUCUUCUUGCCAGCGUAGACAGCCUCUCAAACUCUGCAGCUGGAUCUCUCCACCGUCGCAACAUCCAGCUCGAUCAACUGGGUAACCAGCCGCAAGAAGUUGCGCUUGUUGCGUACUUCCGUCGCUUAACGAGCCUGAUUUUCACCACUCUUUCUGAUGCCGUGGCAAGACAAGAUGCUGAUGACGAGGCGGAAACCAGCUACCGAGACGAACCGGGCGAAGAUGACGAUGAAACCGUCUCGGUAAACCGACAUUCUACGGAUGAUGACCAAACUGCGCUACUUUCAGAAUCCCGGCGCCGCAGAGCAAACGGAGACGAUGAUCUGGAGCCGGUGACAAUCACAACGGAAGACAUGGCUCACAUGGGUCUGGAUGUCUGGAGCGAAACGGACCGGAUCUUCGUCGACCAACUCCUUCGACUCUGGUGGGGUCGAAAGGCCCGUGUGGAUGGAACGCGAAUCACAUGUUGUGGUGUUCGUAUUCUCUAAGCACCGACAGCCCUUCAGAAUUAUUUGGUACAUAUUCUUCCACUUUAUAGCAGGACAGUUGUUAUCAUGGCGAGCAAGACACAGAUCGAUCAAGUACACCGCAAUACCCCAUAUGCAAUGUUCACGAUGCUGGACAUCGAGUCCCUUUCAUUUCUUAACUCGAGUGAAGCGAGAUCUAUACAAACCUAGUUCUCUACAUCGAGACAAAUGUGAUACAUAGAGAACUUCUGCAGUCUACUCUUUUCCUGGAAAGGUUGAAAUCGUUCACAUUCAACAAAAAGUACUUGACACCAUAUCAAGAAAACUGAAGUAAUCACAAGAAAAGUAAAGAGACCCAAAAGGAAUAUCAAGCAUGUCCAAUGAAAGAAGGCAAAAAAAUAUGUAUCGACAAGAAAAGACGACGUAACCAAGGCCCUAAACAAGAUCCAUAUAUAACGCCCGGGAUCCGAUGAGUACGGCCUCCGAUUCCAAAAA